CUCUCUCACUCUCUUUUCGCAACCCACGCCGCGUCCCUUGGGAGUCCAGUGGAGUGGAGGAAGUGGAACCGUCAAAAUGUCGUCGUCCUCGGCGAUGCCGCCGCCGGCGUCGCCGCGGGAGCACGUGGAGAGGAUCCGGCGGGAGCGCUACUACAUCGGGCGCGGCGAGCAGAACCCGCUGGCGGAGGACAUGCACCAGGCCGUCAACUACCUCUCGCAGGAACUCUACUCCAAGGACGUCCACUUCCUCAUGGAGCUCGUGCAGAAUGCUGAAGAUAAUGAAUACCCUUCUGAAGUAGCACCUUCGUUGGAGUUUCUCAUUACAUCAAAGGAUAUUACUGGAUGUGGUGCAUCCUCAACUUUACUCAUCUUCAAUAAUGAGAGGGGAUUCUCUUCAACAAAUAUAGAAUCAAUUUGUCGUGUUGGGAAAUCAACAAAGAAGGGAAACAGACAUCAGGGUUACAUUGGAGAGAAAGGUAUUGGGUUCAAAAGUGUUUUCUUGAUAUCAAGUCAGCCCCACAUAUUCAGCAAUAGUUAUCAGAUCAAGUUCAAUGAGAAGCCUUGUGCACAAUGCAAUAUUGGAUACAUUGUACCUCAGUGGGUGGAAUCCACGCCUAGCUUUUCUGACAUCGAAGCAUUAUAUGGGUGCUCUAAAGUCCUACCUACAACUACCAUCAUCUUACCACUGAAGAGUGAGAAGAUCGAUGCGGUCAAGAGGCAGUUGUCAAGCAUGCAACCUGAAAUGCUGCUGUUCCUGACGAAGAUCAGGAAACUUUCUGUGCGGGAGGAUAAAUCUGAUCCCAACAUUACAACUGUUAGUGAGAUCUCGAUAUCUAGUGAAAAGAACUACCAGGCCAGGAAGGACAUGCAUGCUGAGUCGUACACACUCCAUUUAUCUUCUGAAGAGACAGGGAAAGAUGAAGCUGAAUGUGGUUAUUAUAUGUGGAGGCAGAAAUUCCCAGUAAAGCCAGAGAAUAGAGUCGAUAAGCGUGCUGAAAUUGAUGAAUGGGUGAUAACCCUGGCCUUCCCACAUGGAGAGCGUCUGUCCCGUGGGAAGCAGCUAUCACCUGGCAUCUAUGCUUUCCUCCCAACUGAGAUGGUAACAAGCUUCCCCUUCAUCAUUCAGGCAGACUUCCUUCUUGCUUCGUCAAGGGAGGCUAUACUGUUUGACAGUCCGUGGAACAAGGGAAUUCUAGAGUGCAUCCCAAGCACUUUCAUGGAUGCUUUUGUAACACUCGUGAAGUCUGAUGCACCAUCAAUGUCUCUGCCAUCUAUGUUCAACUUUCUACCUGUCAAUUCUUCACAGAUCCCACUGCUUGAGCCAGUUAGGUCUGGCAUCAAAGACAAAGUCCUUUCAGAGGAUAUAGUUCCGUGUCAGUCUUAUGCUUCACAGAAUAUAUUCUGCAAGCCCAGUGAAGUUGCACGGCUCAAGCCAGCUUUUUGGACAAUCCUUGACAAAGCAUUGGAACUCGGAGUGGAUCUGAAGAAUAUGUCGACCCAUGGAACCUAUAUUCUUAGCUCUCAUUUUGACAACAGUAUAUAUGACAGUGUGCUAAACUUUCUAGAAGUGAAAAAUGUGAACCAUGAAUGGUAUGCAAAAUGCAUUGAAGGCUCAAAUCUUGUCAAGGAGGUACAUGAACAGCUCUACCUGGAAAUUAUAUAUUUUGUUGCAGACAAUUGGCAAAACUUUUCUGGCACAAGCAUGUUGUCCAUUCCCCUAUUGAAGUGUGUUGAUAGGGGUGGUGUUCUCUCAUUCUGGAGCAUAUCUAGAGCUAGCCAGUGGAAUGAUAGGUUGUGCAUUGCGUCUGAAAACAAGUACAUAUCAUGGCUAAUCAGCUGGAACAAGGAGCUUCUAUCUUCUAACCGGUUCUUUCUGCCUCCCAGCACACAAACGGCUCUAGAAGAUUUGUCAGAGAAGAUAACUGUGAAAAACUGGCUUCAGAAUCAUGCAAAAGUGGAGGUUGUCUCUGUCUAUAGCUAUGGAUCAGCUGUUGUUGAUUCCUUGGGUUCUGAUCAAAGAGCUGUCAUUGCCUUCGCACACUUUCUUUACCACUCUUCCAUGAUGCUUCACAUCGAGAGCUACUUCUUAUCAGAACUCUGCCGCGCCAUGCCAGUAAUUGAUAGCUAUGGUUAUGUUGUCAAGAAAAGAAAUAGCAUUAUAGUCCCUGCUAAGGGGAGCAAAUGGGUUGGUUUGAUGGGUACAAACCCAUGGAGGAAUGAAGGCUACAUUGAAUUGUCUGCAGAUUACAAGUCAGCAGGACAUUUUGCUGGAAACUACACAUCUGAGGACCAGCUAUUGGAAUUCCUCAAGACAAAUUUGCAGGCUUCCGAUGUGCCAUUCAUACACCCACCAGAUGCCAGAUUCCCUACUGUCUCAUCACCUCUAACUGUGGACAAUGCAUUCUUGCUGCUGGAAUGGAUAAGGAAUCUGAAGUCAAAUGGUGUAAGAUUACCAGACCUGUUCUUGACUUGUGUCAAAGAAGGGAGUUGGCUAAAGACGUCGGCUGGGUACAAGUCACCUAAUAUAUCAUUUCUGUCGAGCUCCAGUUGGGGUAGUCUUCUGCAAACGGGACCUUCCUUUGUUGAUAUACCAAUGAUUGAUCAACAGUGGUAUCACAACAAGCUACAUAUGUACAAAGAGGAACUCAAGGCAAUUGGCGUGAGAUUUGAAUUUGAGGAAGCUUCAAAUUACAUUGGAAGUCGUCUCAUGUCUAUUGCUGCUGGUGGUUCGCUGACCAGAGAGGAUGUGUACGCAUUGCUUAGGCUUAUUCGGUUUCUACAAGAGAAGGUUCUAUCUGCGAGUGAACUGAUCAAAAGUGUCAAAGAGGAACGAUGGAUGAAGAGUACUCUUGGCUACAGGUGUCCAGCUGAUUGUAUCAUCUAUGAUUCAGAUUGGGCAGUGGCAUCAUGUAUCAGUAACCAACCAUUCCUUGAUGUUCCGUUCUAUGGUGAAGCCAUCCUCGAAUAUAAACCUGAGCUGGAGUUACUUGGUGUUAUUGUGGGAUUCAAAAACAAUUACCAGCUUGUUAUUAACAACUUCAAGUUCAGUUCUGAUGAAAUUACUUCUGAGGCUACUGUAUUAAUCCUCAAGUGCAUCCGUUAUGUGGGUUCAUGUGAUGAUUUCAUAAGGAAGCUCAAAGAUUUGAAAUGGUUGAAGACAAUUGUGGGAUUUCAUGCUCCUAACAUGUCCUUCCUUGUGGACCCUGAAUGGGAGUGCCUUCUAAAGGUCUUUAAUGGAGUUCCUAUCAUUGAUUAUCGAUUUUAUGGGCCUGUGAUCAGUUCAUACAAAGAAGAACUAAAGAAGACUGGGUUGAUCACAAGACUCGAUGAGGCAUCAAAGGCUAUAGCCCAUAUUUUCAAGCAGAAGGUGUUGAAUUCCUCGCUUGAAAAAGCAGAUGUCCUGGCUCUACUAGGAUCGUAUCGUCAACUGGCAGCACAUGAGCCAAUUCCAGUUGAGCUUUUCAACGCAAUGCGUACUGAAAAGUGGUUGUACACCUCACUGGGAUUCCGAUCUCCUUCAGAUGCAAUUCUAUUUGAUGAUGCAUGGGAACCUUUGUCUCCAAUAGCAAAUUUACCAUUCAUAGAUAAUGGUGACUCUUAUCAUGGUUUAGGAAUGGAGAUACAUGGCUACAAAGAUGAACUGAAGGCGUUGGGUGUUACUGUUGAAUUAAAACGAGGUGCUAGAUUCGUCAUCACAGGCGUCAGCAUUCCCAGUGACCCUUCCAAGUUGUCCAAAACUACAAUCUUGUCACUGCUUGGGUGCAUCAAGAGCUACUUCACCCUUGCAGCUGGACCUCCUAAGGGCUUCCAGGAAAAUAUGUGCAAGAAGUGGUUGAGGACAUCCAUGGGAUAUCAGUGUCCGAAUGAUUGUAUCUUCUUUGAUCCAAUGCAGUCUUCUGUCUGCAUAGAAGAUGGCCCUUUCAUAGAUGAAGCAUUCUAUGGUUCAGAGAUAGCCUCAUUUAAAGAUGCUCUUACAAGAAUCGGAGUAACUAUGGAUAUCAAACAUGGAAAAGAUCUUGUUGCUCGACAUCUGAGAAGCCACAAUGAUAGGAUUACCAUUUCUCGGAUCUACUCAUACCUGAUGAAGAGCAAUUGGGUGCCUGAAAAUAAAAAUAACAAUUGGAUUUGGAUACCAAACGAAAUGGAUGGUGGAGAAUGGGUGACCUCAAGAAGCUGUGUUCUUCAUGAUCCGAACAGUCUUUUUGGCCUGCAGCUUCAUGUCCUGGACAAACAUUAUGACAAAAAGUUACUUGACUUUUUUUUGUACUCUUUGGACGUGAGGAAUGGACCUGGUUCUGAAGAUUACUGCAAACUAUGGGUCAGAUGGGAGAAAUCCGUCCAGGAGAUAGCUGUGUCUGAUUGCUCUGCUUUCUGGAAAUUCAUUGCGACAAACUGGAGCACAAACACCCAGGAACUUCUUUCUGGUUGUGUCAAAGUUCCUGUGUGUACUGAUGGAAAGAUCAUUUUAUCAAAGAAGGAGGAUGUGUUCAUUCCUGAUGAUCUACUACUUACAGACUUGUUCAGCAAGCUAACUCAGCAUUCAUUUUUUAUCUGGUAUCCUGCUUCUAUUCUACCUUCCAUGUCUCGAGCAAGCCUUAACUGCAUCUAUGAUAGCAUUGGUGUUCAAAGAAUAUCCAAAGCAGUCACCAAGAAUGAUGCCUUCACCUUAGACAAUUACCAUUUCAGAACAGUUGAUCCAAGUAAGGUGAUCACGGUUGGUCUACUCAAAAUAAUUCUCUCAUUCCUUGCUGAUCCUGCUCUGGACAUUCCUGCUGAAAAGAGGCACAGGAUGGUUUCUUGCCUUCUGAAUGUGACUGUCCACAGAGAGUGA